UGCAGGAAAAAAACUUCCCAGUCAAUAUAAAUAAAGCUCUCUCCUUUGAGUUGUUUCAUCUAUAAUCAAGGGGUUUAUUCAUUAUUCUUAAAAGCGAAAAAACUGCAAAAUGAAACAGAUAUUCUCAACAUUCCCUCUUGUGUUCUUCUUAUUCUUCUUUCAUUGCCCUCCAGCGCUUUCGCAGAGUCCAGCUCCGGCUCCUACACCUCCAGUGCGGGCUCCUGCACCUCCAACGCCAGCUCCUGUGCCUCCGCCACCGGCUCUUGUACCUACAGCACUGGUUCCUGUACUUCCCGGUCCAACCAACAUCAAUGCUAUUCUUGGAAAGGCCAAGCAAUACACAACAUUUAUUCGACUCCUAAAAAGCACCCAAGUGGAUGAUCAACUCAAUUCACAGCUUGACAACUCAAACCAAGGUCUUACAAUAUUUGCUCCAACUGAUUCUGCAUUCAAUAACCUCAAACAGGGCAUGUUAAACUCUCUCACUGAUCAACAGAAAAUUCUGCUGAUUCAAUUCCACAUUCUACCUUCAUUUUUCUCCGUCCCCAAACUCCAAACCGCAAGCAAUCCACUAAGAACACAAGUUGGUAAUGACGAACAAUUUCCACUUGAUAUCACUGCAUCUGGGAAUCAGGUGAACAUAACAACCGAUAUGGUUAAUGCAACAGUGGUAAGUACAGUAUAUACCGACAAGCAGCUUGCUGUAUAUGAGGUUGAUAAAGUACUCCUUCCGCAUGGUCUAUUUGCAUCUCCAACGCCAGCUCCUGCACCAUUAAAACCCAAAAAACUCCCGGCUUCAAAACCUCCCCCCUCUGAUGAUGAUACUACUCCUGUCAAAACUUCUGAUGGAAUUCAUCUGUCCCAACAGACAUUGCGUUCAAUAUCCAGUAUUGUCCUUGUUUUGGCAGCAUUUGUUUGAGUGUGCUAAUGGAGUUCUUUGUACCCCUGCUUGUAUUAUCUUUGCCCAAUUAAACUUUUUCACGUGUUUUGUCA